AGGCCAUUUUUUGUAUCUUGUUCUUCUAGAUAUCUUCCAAACACGCUGGAGAAUUCGGCCCCCGUUCACACUUCCCACAAAUCAAAAAACGCCUGAAACCUACCCACACCAUAUGCUCACCUUCCCGCGCCUCCGUUUCCGCCGCCUUCGUAUGACCGGACUCUGAGAGCAGCCGCCGGCGAAGCCACCGAUCGCCACUGAGCAUGCCUACUUUCACGACCAUCGCGCUCGAGAACCUUCUCGAGCCGCGCGUUCGAGAUUCGUGCAAAUCUCCAUUGGAUUUCGAGAAAUCCGCCGCGAGGCAUCUCAAAGUUUCUAGGUCUAGUGAUGGAAGCCGCAUCGAUUGUAACGGUGGCGUGCGUGAUGGUGCUCGGAGGGAGGGGGUCGAUGAUUUGAAUCCUCCGUCUGCCAAUCAUAUUUACAUAUCUCCGGCUCUGUAUAUAACUCCGGAACCAGCUCCCAUCCCGGAGGUUUCCGCCGGAACACUCUCUCCUUCUCCUUAUGUUGUUAAUCACAAGCGGCGCGGGAGGGAACAUGUUGCCAAUCGAAAAAUCGAUGGAUUUUCCGUUCCUGAAGGGAAGGAAUGUGGGGAGACCGAGAAUGAUGCUGCCGGAUUGAAUUCUCGGGGGAGGUAUGACCCGCAGGAGGAGGUUUUGGUCAGGGAUAAAAUUGAGGGGGAUACGGAGGUCACAGGAGAUGGAAUCAAGGGAUUGGAGGGCGGAGGUGAAGAGUUUCUAGAUCCCGCCUGCGAUGUCUCCAGUGUUGGAAGUGCUAGUGAGUUUAGAGGACUUGAUUGCCACAGCAUGUUGUCUGCUCAAGGGGAUUUCUUUGAUGCUAAUGAAGAGUUCUCAUCUGAGGGGUCUGCUUCAAAUGCAUCUCUUUACGGUGCUACUAUAUUAUCAGAACUACAUACCUUAAGGCUUAAGCUCAUUGAAGAAGCAGAAAAGAGAAAGGCUGCAGAAGAUGCUCUUGCGUUGAUGCAGAACCAUUGGCUUAGAAUCCGCAACACUCUAUAUCAGGAAGGCUUAACACUUCCUUCACCUUCUGAUGUCAUUUUUGGACUUGAAUUUGGGAAUUUCUCAAUCAAUCAGGCUGUUCAAGAAUUAGCUGUUGCUCGGUAUGUUGCUGAGGCAAUAGGUAAAGGUGAAGCUCGUGCUGAAUCUGAAGAUGCUUUAGCAGCAAUGCUUGAAACCAAAAACCAGGAGAUCUCCCGGCUGAGGGACAGGUUACAAUACUACAAAGCAGUUAAUCACGAGAUGUCUCAAAGGAAUCAAGAAAUUGUUGAUGCAGGGAGAAAACGAAGACAGAGGAAGAGGACUCAACAGAAGUGGGUAUGGAGCGGCAUUGGAUUUUCAGCCAUCAUUGCUGCUUCUGUGGCGGCCUACAUGUAUCUGCCACAAGCAAGUAUUGACCAGUCAACAUCAUCAUGUGUGACCGAUUCAUCCCCGCCGCCUACAUGCUCAUCCUCCUCAUAACCCGAAUCAUUGGUAUGCUCACUUUGCUUUUUAGUCCUCUCGAAAGGCUCGUCGUGGCCAGUGUAGGUUAUACUUCUAUGACAUUUAAGCAAUAUAUGUCAGUUUUGGUCUGUUAGUUGUCAACCAUACCUAGCCAUUGGGUAGUUUGGCUACUUUUACUUCUAUAGAUUCAAUUCUCCGAUAAUACACGGAGGGGCAGUAUUGUCAUUUCUCCCUUGAAUCACCUGAUUGUUGUUGUUCAUGGUCAAGUGAUUUUGAUUCACACACAGUUGUAGGAGAUUCAUAUAAUGUGGGCCAAAAUUCAACCACAACUUGGGGCUCUUUU